AUGUCACAACUGUUCACUUCAUCUACGAUACCAAUACCUUUUGAGCCUCACGAUCAUCGACAUCACCACCACCACCACCACUUACAGCAAAAACCUCCGCCGAACGGCGAUGGAGGCGGUAAUAAUGAUAAAAAGAGUAACGAGAAUGAUAUCGAUGAUAUAGAAUCCCAAGCACCAAUAUGGCAAUGCAUGGUAGCUGGAGGUUUGGGUGGUGUUGUUGGGGAUAGUGCUAUGCACUCGUUGGAUACUGUUAAGACUAGACAGCAAGGUUUCCCAAAUAAUCCCAAAUACAAAAACAUGAUCCCAGCAUAUAGAACAAUCUUGAAGGAAGAAGGGUUUUUUCGUGGGCUUUAUGGUGGUUAUACUCCUGCGGCACUCGGCUCAUUCCCAUCAACUGCAGCAUUUUUUGCAACUUAUGAAUCGAGUAAACGAAUCAUGAUUAAUAAAUGGAACAUGAACGAGACAGUGGCAUAUCUCAUUGCGGGAACAUUGGGCGACAUGGCGUCAAGUGUGUUUUAUGUUCCUUCUGAAGUGUUGAAGACGAGAUUGCAAUUACAAGGAAAAUACAAUAAUCCAUUCACAAAGGAAUGCGGGUACAACUACCGUGGGUUAUGGGACGCAAUCAAGAGCAUAUACAAAACCGAUGGACCAAGGACUUUUGUCUUUGGCUACAAGGAGACUUUAUAUAGAGACUUGCCUUUUAGCGCGUUGCAAUUGUCAUUUUAUGAGAAUUUUCGUCUGUUGGCAAUAUACUAUAACCACGGUUCAACAGAUUUGUCUGUUGGAGCAGAAAUGUUUACUGGUGCUGCUGCUGGUGGAUUGGCCGGAGUGCUUACCACGCCAUUGGAUGUGAUAAAGACGCGUAUACAAACACAAACAAAUACUGCUGAUUUCAGCAAUAACAAUAGCACACACAACUUGACGCCACUGCGAAACCCGAUAGUUCGAUUUUGCAGUAGCAAUGCUACUUUGAGAGCGAUUUACUCGAUAUACAAACAUGAAGGAAUAUUUGGAGCAUUUUCUGGGGUGGGCCCAAGAUUUAUAUGGACAGGUGUGCAGAGUUCAAUCAUGUUGCUAUUGUAUCAAAUGUCAUUAAAGCAGUUGGGGGAAAUAUUUGGCACGGAUAGGGGAAAUCAAGUAAAGAAACUAGAUGCAUAG